UCUGUUAGUUCUCCCAAUUUUUUAUUUUGCAUAAUUUCGCUAAAUCUCUUGUUCGCCACUUCAGGUGUCCGCCGCCGCAAGCCCGGAGUCUCCGCAAUAGGUGCAAAAAUGCUGGAGGCGAAGAGCUUGAAGAAGGCCAUUGUUCCGUCCAGCUUGUUCGAACACCCCUCUCCUGGAAGCCUCCAGCCUACUCGUCUCGCACUCCAUGUCAACGGUAGCAACGAUGAAUCUUGCUGGGUAUAUCUUGCUUCUGGUUGUUGUGUUUACAGACUCCUUAUCUCGACAAAGAAUUCAUCUGUCAGUCAAGGAAAGCAGGGGCUCCUAAUUCCUGAGCAAACUAAGGUUCUGGAAUCUGCUGUUGUCAAUAGAUGUCCUCAUCGCAUGGAAAUACAAACAGUAGUGCUUGCAGAAAUUGAUAACAAUGGUUUCUCGGCUUUAGGAAGUGUAGACUCAUACGGACAUGUUUUAGUUUCUAAACUAAAAACACAUGGUGAAGAUGUAGAUAGUGUGACCUUUUCAAUCUCUCCUCGGGAUUGUGGUGUUGGAGAAGGUAGUUGGGCUGGUCUAUGCUUCAAUCCAACCCAGUGGUCUAUGGCAGCUGUUGCACACAGUUUUGGGAAGAGCAUUGAUGUGUAUGACCAAGACAUUCAUCUUCGCACUUUACGCACAUUGUGGUAUCCAACUUCACUGACUUUUAUGCAAAAUCUGAGUGGUCAAGGCGAAUGCUCCACGCUAGUCCUCACAGAAGGGUGCCAGCUUAGCAUAUGGGACUUACGAAUGAGAGAAAAAGGAGGGUGUGUGCAUAGAAUUUAUGGGUCAGUGGGAGAUAUUUUAUAUUCAGUCUGCGAGUCUUCGAAUGGAAGUAUUGCAGUUGGUGGAGCUGAUCGCACUGUUUCUGUCUACGACCCUCGCAGAUGGUCGACAGUGUCAAGAUGGAUGAACUGCUCAAAAUAUGAGAUAACAAGACUUGCUUUCUCUUCAUUUGAUUCAGAUUACAUUUAUGUGCAAGGAGUUGAUUAUGAGGUUGUGUGUGGACAUUGGAGCGAUGGAAAGAAAUGGUUUUCGUUUAGAGGUGAUUCAAACUGGCUUGGGUUCAACAAGUGCUGUGACAGGGACCUGAUUGGGGGAUGGUGUGAUUCUGGGAGCUUGUUUCUGGCUGAUGUUAUCUUAAGCAGCAAGGAAGAAGAUCAAGAAGAAUAAGAAGAAGACAUUGUAAUGGAUGCUUUCGAAGAACCAUUGAGGCGAGGUCUGAUGCUUUAAUUGUUGUACCUUGACUACUAUUUUUGAGUUUAAGAGUUCAAUUCCAAUGUUGUACCUCAAAACGGUCUUGUAUGUUGGUGGCUUUUCAAAAAAUAGGUGUAUUUAAAUAUCAUUGUUAUAUAGAUGGCUUGAUAGCCCUUACCUUGAGCUGAUAACAUGUCUUAGGAAAUGGGAAGUGUCCAUGACAAUACAAUAUGCAAUCAUUGUUUGUCUAAAUCAAAAUUUCGAAUGUCA